AUGCGCGCGAUGCGACGCGUCGACGCGUCGACGCGAUUGAUGACGACGACGCCGACGACGACGACGCCGCCGACGCCGCGACGACGGGACCGACGGGUGGCGGAUGAUGUGUUUCGAGCGGUCCUCGUCGCGCGCAGAGCGCUGCGAUUGCGGGAGGAGGCGGACGACGUCCCGAAUGAAUCCGAGGCGGAGGACGCGGCGACGCUCGCGGCGGCGACGGCGCAUCGGGCGAGCGAGGUGUGGGAUGGGAAAGUGCGCGGACCGGUGCGAGCGACGCGAGUGCGGAGUGAGAGGUACGGUAAAUUUGAUUUUUGUCACGAAGUGGUGGCGGUGUGCGAGGACGGGGGGGAGCUGGAGAUGUGCACGACGAAUGUCGGGGCGGAUGUCAGAGGACGACCGGCGAGGGAACGAGACGGACGGCCGGCGAGACGGGCGAGACCGCUCGUGGUUUGGGGACACGGUAUGCGAGGACAUCUGUGGAACGAUGAUAAGGAGGGGUUGUGGAACUUUUGGUCCACGGAAGAUCUCGGGUCGAUCGCCGUGGCGCGAUACAACGCGAGAGGGUACGGGAAAUCGAGCGACGUGCGCCGAGCGCGAGAGGCGAGGUGGGACGCCAGGGCGAGCGACAUGAUCGAGGUCGCGCGACGGAUUCGUCAGGACGACGGCGGCGAUAUCGUGUACGCCGGAACGUCGCUGGGAAGCGCGACGGCGAUUUGGGCCGCCGUGCUCGCGCACGAGAGCAACGAGAGCGACGUGCCAAAGGCGCUCGUCGUCGUCACGCCGCCGACGUGUUACGAAGAGCGCGAGUCGAGGAAAAAAAAGCUCAGGAAGAAAGUCGCCGACGGCGGUGCGAUAGAAAACUCCACCGCGCCUCGACGCGUGUUCCAGGCCGCGCGGGAUCAACCGGUGGAUCCGGCGCCGCCGCCGUUGGCCAAUCCGAACGACUCGUGCGCGGUGGAGGUGUUGAUCGGCUCGGCGCAGUCGAACCUCCCCGAACCCGAGCGCGUGCGCGCGGCGCUGGCGAACGUGCCCGUCUUAUGUUUGGCGUGGGACUGCGGCGACGUCACGCACCCAGUCUCGAGCGCGAUGACGAUCAAGGAUUUGGUCCCGCACGCCGAGUUGGUCAUCGCUUCGAACAAGGAGGAUUACGACAUCGUCAAGCACAUUCGCGAAAAGUGGUCCGGUGCCAUCGUGGAAUUUCUAAACAGGGUACUGUUAGAGCGCGGAGACGAUCACGACGGCGGAGAUGAACCAUAG